GAUAACUUUUCUAAGUUGUUUUUAUUUCCAGGUUUCAAUGUAAUUAGGCUACUGAGCGGAUCAGCUGUAGCACUGGUUAUAGCCCCCACUGUCUUACUGACAAUGCUUUCUUCUGCCGAACGAGGAUGCCCUAAGGGCUGUAGGUGUGAAGGCAAAAUGGUAUAUUGUGAAUCUCAGAAAUUACAGGAGAUACCCUCAAGUAUAUCUGCUGGUUGCUUAGGUUUGUCCCUUCGCUAUAACAGCCUUCAAAAACUUAAGUAUAAUCAAUUUAAAGGGCUCAACCAGCUCACCUGGCUGUACCUUGACCAUAACCAUAUCAGCAAUAUUGAUGAGAAUGCUUUUAAUGGAAUACGCAGACUCAAAGAGUUGAUUCUGAGUUCCAACAGAAUCUCCUAUUUUCUCAACAAUACCUUCAGACCUGUGACAAAUUUAAGGAACUUGGAUCUGUCCUAUAAUCAGCUGCAUUCUCUGGGAUCUGAACAGUUUCGGGGCUUGCGGAAGCUGCUGAGUUUACAUUUACGGUCUAACUCCCUGAGAACCAUCCCUGUGCGAAUAUUCCAAGACUGCCGCAAUCUGGAACUUUUGGACCUGGGAUAUAACCGGAUCCGAAGUUUAGCCAGGAAUGUCUUUGCUGGCAUGAUCAGACUCAAAGAACUUCACCUGGAGCACAAUCAAUUUUCUAAGCUCAACCUGGCCCUUUUUCCAAGGUUGGUGAGCCUUCAGAACCUUUACUUGCAGUGGAAUAAAAUCAGUGUCAUAGGACAGACCAUGUCCUGGACCUGGAGCUCGUUACAAAGGCUUGAUUUGUCAGGCAAUGAGAUUGAAGCUUUUAGUGGACCUAGUGUUUUCCAGUGUGUCCCAAAUCUGCAGCGCCUCAACCUGGAUUCCAAUAAGCUCACAUUUAUUGGUCAAGAGAUUUUGGAUUCUUGGAUAUCUCUCAAUGACAUCAGUCUUGCUGGGAAUAUAUGGGAAUGCAGCAGAAAUAUUUGUUCUCUGGUAAAUUGGCUGAAAAGUUUUAAAGGUCUGAGGGAGAAUACAAUUAUCUGUGCCAGUCCCAAAGAGCUGCAAGGAGUAAACGUGAUCGAUGCAGUGAAGAACUACAGCAUCUGUGGCAAAAGUACCACGGAGAGGUUUGAUCUGGCCAGGGCUCUCCCAAAGCCGACAUUUAAGCCUAAACUCCCCAGGCCGAAGCACGAGAGCAAACCCCCUCUGCCCCCCACGGUGGGAGCCACGGAGCCUGGCCCAGAGACUGAUGCUGACACUGAGCACAUCUCUUUCCAUAAAAUCAUCGCAGGGAGCGUGGCCCUUUUCCUGUCCGUGCUCGUCAUCCUGCUCGUUAUCUACGUGUCAUGGAAGCGGUACCCUGCGAGCAUGAAGCAGCUGCAGCAGCGCUCCCUCAUGCGAAGGCACAGGAAAAAGAAAAGACAGUCCCUAAAGCAAAUGACUCCCAGCACCCAGGAAUUUUAUGUAGAUUACAAACCCACCAACACGGAGACCAGCGAGAUGCUGCUGAAUGGGACGGGACCCUGCACCUAUAACAAAUCAGGCUCCAGGGAGUGUGAGGUAUGAACCAUUGUGAUAAAAGCGCUCUUAAAAGCUGGGAAAUAAGUGGUGCUUUAUUGAACUCUGGUGACUAUAAAGGGAACGUGGUGCCCCCUCCCCUUCCCUCUCCCUCCUGCUUUGCUGGCAAGGUCCUUCCUGGUCCAUUUUAGUACAUUCAUAAUACUGGUCAUUUUCCUCUGGUACAAAAUCAACCCACUGAAAUUUAAAUACCACAAUCAAUGCAAAGCUCAAACUCCGGUUUAAUAGAAUGCCUAUUGUAUAAGACUCUUGAUUGAUUGCAUUAAUAUCUCACUUGUUUUAAGAUAAAACUUCUUUCAUAAGUAGUCCCCCACCUCUGCUGUUAUUUGCCUUGGGGUGGGACCAAAUCUACAGUUCUAGAAGGUUUGUAGUUCACUGGUGAAUCAAGGAAAAAGUGAAUGAUCCCAGGUACUUGAAGCUUGAACUGAUUCCAGGAGAAUGCUUGACUACAGGAACAUUUAGAAACAGAGCCUAAAAACACUGUCUGGCUUAAAAAGAAAAUUGAAGGAAACUAUCAAAUGAUGGUGCUGGGUUAAAGAAGCGCCACGGGCAGUUUCCAGAGGUGUUUGAAUUACAGUAAAGCAAGCCUAGGGAAAAGUGUUGAAGGGUUAAAAUGCUGCAAAUAGACAACUGAAAAAUGUGAGGAGAUGGUAAAAAAUACAAAGUUUUAGACUUGAAGCCUUAUCUCUGAAAUCCAUUCUUAUAAAAUCGAAUCAGAGUUUUCACUGUCAAUUUCUCCUAGCCUUUAAUUAGCCUAAAUUUAAAAAGAAAUUUUUUUAAUUAAAUAACGAAGAAGCAAAUUUGAGGAGGCAAAUUUCUCCACUGUUCCUCACCUUAGGGAGUUUUCAGAGAUGAGGCUUGCAAAUGGGAAGGCAGCUUGCUAUUUGCUUGUGGCUGGGAGCUUACCAGAAUUUCUUUCCAGUUCUUUCAAGGACUCUAAUGUAGUGAGUGGAAUCUUUAGCUCUGUCUGUUCUUCUGUCUGGGAUUUGUAAGACAGUCCUGUUGUGUUCCAUUAUGUGUCCUGCACACACUAGUCCCCUAAUGACUGACACUUCAUUCAGAGGCAUAAGAGAGAACACAUUCCAAGACAUGCCUUCCACCGACAGCUUCACUGAAAAGAAUGAUUUUGAUAACGCCUUAAUAAAGGUAUAAAAUCUUAGAGGAAAAAAUACCAACCCUAUGGCAGUUGUCUUUUGCUUUUCUAUUGUUGACAUUACAGUGUCCCUAUGUUCAUCUAUAUUGUGAACUCAUCCAUCAGUAUGAAUCUGUACGGACCCUGCUGGCAAUCUGCAAACUGCAUGCAUGUUUUUAUGUCGUAGGUGAAAGUUUAUUGACUGCAGCACAAAUAUCAUGCCUUCUGUAUUUAAGUAACUUUGACCACAGUUCAUUAAGAUUUUAGAAAAAUGUUUUUGGUCUGUAUUGUAUCCUCUUUCAACCUCCAAAAUGAACAAUCCUAUUAUAGGAGCAAAAAUCAGGAAUUGCAACAUUGAGUCUGUUUCAUUUAAUUUGGCUUGCCAAGCCCCAUAUCUUUAACCACGUCCCUGUUCUUCCAAAACACAAUCACUGCAGCAAAAAAGAAAAAGUGGAUGGCUAUUUUUUAACCAGCUUUUUUAUAUAGUUUGAAGUCUUUUCAUAUGCUGAGAGGAAAAAUCUAGGCAAGUCACCAUGAAAUAUAAUUGCAAGGAAGCCAGAUUAUAAAAAAUCAUACUUUUAUAAGCAAUAAAGGAAAGGGGACAUUUAAAGUGGAUUUCUCAAAGU